AUGCUGCUGCACCGCAGUUCACUGUUGAAAUGUGGACUUAAACCGGUUGUCAUAUUCAGAAGUCGCCCCUAUAGCACUUGGCAUAAUACGAAUGAGAACCUGAGAUCAACCAACAGUAAUGUGAACUCCUAUAAAAAGAUGAUAGAUCCGUACCUUUCUCCGGUACAAGCUAAAUGGGUGGAGUCGGCCGCUAAACUCAAAGAGUUCUCUAGUAGUUUUAAGAAGAAUGCUGAUAAGGCUAAACUGGCCAUUCAGGAAGCAAACCAGAAACUGGCAGCCGCAGAGCAGGCCGGAACAGACAAACGGCUGGGCUUCGAUACCGACGUGGAGACCAAAGGCAGAAUUGAAGGGCUCCCUUCCGAACGUGAACGCUCCAGAACCAGAUGGGCCAAAAAACUAGAAUUUUACUUUGAUUCUCUCCAAGAAACCAUAUUCACGGCGACCAGGGCGCUGAACGACGUUACAGGAUACUCCAGCAUCCAAAAACUGCGGAAAAGCAUCGAUUUCAUGGAGAAACAACUGGGAAAUUUGAAAGAUGAGGUAAAAAAAUCGAAGGCGCUGUACAACGCUGCGAUCGAGGUUCGAGCACAAUCGCAAGGCGAAGUGAACGAGCUUCUGCAGCGCAAAAACUCGUGGUCGCCGCAGGACCUGGAACGUUUUACUCUAUUGUACAAAGACGACAGUUUGAACCUGGAACGCGAAACCGACGCCAAGAACCAUUUGGAGCAAUUGGAGGCCAAUGAAGAGGAGCUCUCCGACAAUUUAUAUCGAGCCAUUCUAACGCGGUACCACGAAGAGCAGAUUUGGUCCGACAAAAUCCGGCGAACAUCGACAUGGGGGACCUUCAUUCUGAUGGGGAUGAACAUUUUUCUGUUUCUCGUGUUCCAGCUCCUCCUAGAGCCGUGGAAACGUCGCAGACUAGUGGGAAGCUUCGAGGACAAGGUAACACAGGCGCUUGAAAAACAGGCCAUCCUCCAAAGCACGCAGCUGUCGCAAAUGUCAGAUCACAUUUCCACGAGUAUGGACAAAAAUUCCAAGAAAGGUGACUUAAUUCUAUCAGAGAGUUCCCAAAACUCCGAAGAUGCACAGCUCUCUACUUCCUCCAUUCGGUCUGCUCCUCCAGCAGCAAAUGCAACAUACUGGUCCAAGCUCUCUUAUUACCUGAACGUCUAUUUUAAAAGCCUGUCAUCAUGGGCACAAAAUCUCGCAAACAAACUGAAAAAGCUACCUGGAAAAGGUCUCAAUAACACGGUCACACUAACAAAAGCUGAGAUUUACACACUGGCUCUUCUGUUCAGCUGUACCGGUUUUUCCGUUUCACUAUUACUGUGA